CGGAGCAGGGCUCGUGCGGUGUCAGGUCUCUCGCUCAAUGAUGAGGUUUCAAGUGCGCCUUUUGGAUAUCUUUAAAAUAUUUUAGAAUGUGUAACUCUUUUAAUCUCUUGUAUUAAACCAACAGCUUGACAUUAAGAAUACAGGAAACAUUGUUGUCAUUUUCUAUAGUUUGUCAAAUCAAGAUUUUUGGGAGGGUUUGUAUUAUAGCGAAAAUGUUGAAAGUUUUGUGAGAACACUUCUCCUCUAGAACCAGACGGAUUAAGUGUACAACUGUCAAAUUGAGGAACACAUAAUCUCUUUCAUUUCACAGAGAGUGCUAACAGGACCUGUAGGCGAGCAGAGGAGAGGAUCUGGGAAAAGUCAGUGAGAGAGUUUCAUCAUGGGUAAACAGAACAGCAAGCUGCGCCCUGAAGUUCUGAACGACCUACGAGAGAACACAGAGUUCACAGACCAUGAGCUCCAGGAGUGGUACCGUGGUUUUCUCAAGGACUGUCCCUCCGGUCACUUAACGGUUGAGGAGUUCAAGAAAAUCUAUGCCAAUUUCUUUCCAUAUGGUGAUGCUUCAAAGUUUGCAGAGCAUGUAUUUCGUACUUUUGAUACCAACGGCGACACCACCAUUGACUUCCGGGAGUUCAUUAUUGCUCUGAGCGUGACCUCGCGUGGAGGUCUAGAACAGAAGCUUCGAUGGGCCUUUAGCAUGUAUGAUUUGGAUGGCAACGGAUACAUCAGUCGGGCUGAAAUGCUGGAGAUUGUACAGGCAAUUUAUAAAAUGGUGUCAUCGGUGAUGAAGAUGCCCGAGGAUGAGUCAACUCCAGAGAAACGCACAGACAAGAUUUUCCGCCAGAUGGAUACGGACAAUGAUGGCAGACUCUCUCUUGAGGAAUUUAUCAAAGGUGCCAAGAGCGACCCUUCUAUCGUCAGACUGCUGCAGUCUGACCAAAGCACCUCUCGACAGUUAUAAAUACAGGUGUUAAAAGCAGCUGACAGGCAACCACUCGUGCUCACUGAAAACACAGAAACGUUAGAAAGGUUAGUUACCGUCGCUAUCAGUGGUGAACUACUAUAGACUUUAUAUGUUCAAGGGUAGUUAACCGUUUAACCGUCAGUAUUCCAGCCUAUGUCAGUGGAUUGGCAUUUAUUGGCGAGUUGUAUAAAAUGUCUGGGAUUUGUUUGGAUUUCAAGGGACCAACAAAAAAACUCUUUUCAACUGUUUGCAUUCCAAUCAAAGAUGGUAAAUAGACAGUAACAUCUGCAAAUCCCCAGAAUGUCAUUUUGGCCGAAACCUGAAGUGCAGUUUGUAAAUAUUCUAUAGCUUUUCAUUCCUUUCAAAACUUAAUCGAAAACACUCCAAAACAUUAUUUACAUUUCCUGGGCAUGUCCUUAUGCAUGCACAUACUAGUCGUCAUAGUGCUUUUACUAGGUGUCCUAUGGCCAGAUGUUGACCAUGUGUUUUGUGCUAUGAUGGUCUAGUUAAAUUUGGAGCUGUGUUUUUGCUCUGCCAAUCAUGAUGUCUGCUUAGUACUUUUUUGACGUGUAUGUUGCAAAGCUAGAGCACUAUUGGAAGUGUUUGUUCUCAGGAGUUAAAAUGAAAUUGAAGAAAAUGAUUCAGACUGUGCAAUAUAAUCACAGCCCAUUAAACUAUUUUCCUGCUUUGUAACACUUGUUUGAAACACUAACAAUCCUGAAUGGCUUCAACCUUUAGGCAGAAAACAGACAGCAGCCAUCAGGCCACUACAGCGGUUCAGUCAUUAAUAUUUUAACACUGUUGUCCAUUUACACAUAUUGGGCAGAUUGAAUGACAGACAGGUGGUUAGAUUCCCCUCAUCCUUUCUCCAGUCCAGUGUCAAAACACAACACAGAUGCUGUUGGAUAAGAAGCUCCAUGGAAUGUAAACACUUUUAUUCAAAUAUUUUAAGUUUUUACAGGUUCUGUUUAUAGAAAGAAGCAACUUUUCAUUGGUUUCUUGUGGGGUUAUGCUCUUAAUUUGCUAUUAUGCAUGUGUGGUAUUUCUGCGCUUCAACAAUCGCCAGCCUUUAAUAUUUCUUUUGUUAUGUAACUUGACAGUUAAAGUGAAAUGCCAAAACAAAUAUUUGUAUUGGAUAUAUUAGAUUUAUGGGUAAUUCCUAUUUGGUAGUGUCCAUUGUGCUGUAAGCAAUGAUGGUUGAAAAUAACAAU